AAGCCAACAAACAAUUCUGGAUCUGGAAGUGAUUUUGCAGUAAAACAAGUACUAAUUCUUCUCAUCAAUGGCACGAACCAAACAAACUGCACGUAAAUCCACCGGAGGCAAGGCUCCUAGGAAGCAACUGGCCACGAAGGCAGCCAGAAAAUCUGCUCCGGCAACAGGUGGUGUGAAGAAGCCUCACCGCUUCAGGCCGGGAACAGUGGCACUGAGAGAGAUCAGAAAGUACCAAAAGAGCACGGAAUUGCUGAUCAGAAAGCUUCCAUUCCAGCGUUUAGUGCGAGAGAUCGCUCAGGACUUCAAAACAGAUCUUCGUUUCCAGAGCAGCGCGGUUUCUGCUUUGCAGGAAGCUGCAGAAGCUUAUCUUGUUGGACUCUUUGAAGACACAAACCUUUGUGCCAUUCACGCCAAGCGCGUCACCAUCAUGCCCAAGGACAUUCAACUUGCUCGCAGAAUCAGGGGCGAGAGAGCUUGAGUUUUCAUAAUUAUAUUGAAGUUCUGUUUAUUCUAAUUUACUGGUUUAGUUGUUUGAACUGUUGUGUAUCAGUCCAAUGUAGAUAAAAUUUGUUGGAGUGUUUUCUAGUUAAAUUUGUUUUCAUUAUUAUUUUUCAUUUAUCUUUCAUUUUAAUACAGAACUAUUAUAUUUUCUUUAUUGAAUUUCAAGGUGAA